CCCCGGGGAGGGAGAGGAAGAAGGAAGUAGGGGGCGCCCCAGGAAACAUCCCCCCCCCACCCCACUUCUGAUUGGGCCUAUAGAAGGGGGAGAAGUUAUCCGAACAGCAUCUAUUUAAUUAAAAUAAUUUUUAAAAAACCGAACGUCCAACACCACCCCAUCAGCACUUUGUAAAAAAGACAUCGAGAAACACCCUGGAAAGAAGAAGAAGAAGAAGUCACCGAACCAUCUCACCUGGUGCUGAAAGGAAGAAGGUUGUUUGGAGCCAAAAUCCGUCUAUGUUUGUGUUCUUUGUCUCUUUUAAUAUACUGCCCUAACUUGCUUGCUGUGAAGGGAGUAUGCAUCUGGAGAUCAAAGUUGCUCUGAACUUCAUCAUCUCCUACCUGUACAACAAGCUUCCACGGAGGCGGGCCGACCUGUUUGGAGAAGAGCUAGAGCGGUUACUGAAGAAGAAAUAUGAAGGCCACUGGUACCCAGAGAAGCCUCUGAAGGGCUCAGGCUAUCGCUGUGUUCACAUUGGGGAGACAGUGGACCCUGUAGUGGAACUAGCUGCCAAGAGGAGUGGACUGGCUGUAGAGGAUGUGCGGGCCAAUGUCCCUGAAGAACUGAGUGUCUGGAUUGACCCAUUUGAAGUCUCCUACCAAAUUGGAGAGAAAGGGUCGGUCAAGGUCUUGUAUCUGGAUGACAGUGAAGGCUGCAGUGCAGCUGAGUUGGACAAGGAGAUCAAGAGCAGCUUCAACCCUGAUGCCCAGGUGUUCGUCCCCAUUGGAAGCCAGGACAACUCCUUGUCGAAUUCUCCAUCCCCAUCUUUUGGCCAGUCUCCUAGCCCUACUUUCAUCCCUCGCUCUGCCCAGCCCAUCACCUUCACCACUGCCACUUUUGCUGCCACAAAGUUUGGUUCAACUAAGAUGAAGAAAGGCGGAGGAGCUGGAGCCAGUACAAAUGGCGUAGGGGUCCCUCAGCAACAGCAGCAGCAGCAGCGUUUGGCCCGGUCACCCACCAAUGGCCUGCUGAAGCACAAAGGCCUUUCCCUCUCUAUGCAUUCUCUGAACUUCAUUGGGGGCAGUCCAGCUCCUCAGUCUCAGCUCUCCCCCAAUGCCAAGGAGUUUGUUUACAACGGUGGAUCCCCGGGAGCUGGCAGCCUCUUCUUUGAUGGCGUAGCUGCCGAGAACCAGGCUGGUGGCAUCCCACCUGCAUCCCAGUUCAGUGCCAGUGGCGGCAGCAGCAGCAGCUUUGAUAUGGCUCAGGUUUUUGGUGGCAGCACCAACAGCCUCUUUCUGGAGAAGACACCCUUCGUGGAAGGACUUAGCUACAAUCUGAAUGCCAUGCAGUAUCCCAGCCAGUCGUUCCAGCCAGUGGUUUUGGCCAACUGACCACCAUGAGAGUAUUCUGGGGAAAAUAACUUCCAAAAAAAAAAAAGAGAAAGAGAGAAAA